AUGUCUCAAAUAGAUACGGUGUCACUUCUUAAGGAAAUCAGAUCAGGUGAUUUCAGUGCUUUCAAGUGUAUUGAUCAUUUGAGAAGAAAUUGUGAUUCAAUUGGUAUACAUCAUGCUUUGGUGAAAAGGUUGUAUUCUUACACCUACGAUGAGUUGGAGUUCUUUAUUCCUCAGUUUGUUCAAUUGUUGGUAUCUUUUGACACCAACUCUAUGGCACUUGAAGACUUCUUAUUGGAUUAUUGUACGAAGUACCCUCAUUUUUCGUUGAUUGUGUUUUGGAACUUGCAAGCUUAUGUUUUUGAGUUGAGAAAUGAUCCAGAUUCUACUUCGUUCAAGACUGUUCGUUUAUUUAUAAACAAAUUACAAAACAUUCUUUUCAAUACUGAAGCACUGAACGAUAAACAUGCAGAAUUUAGAGAAAACCUACAGCCAUCCCUUGUCAUGUGUGGUGCUAUUGCCGCAUCGAUUGCUAUUCCAGGUCUAAAUGACUACAUUGCACCAAUUAUAAAGUCACAGGGUAAACAACAGAAGUCAUUCGUGUUCAAAUUGGCAAACUUUCAAAAGUCUUUAACCAAAAAUUUGACGAUGAAGAACAAGAGGUUAUCCAUUGAAGAUUCUGGAGUGGUCUCUGAAGACGAAACAGGUAGCCAGUCGAUUUCAAGGCUAAGUCGCGAGCUGCAUCAACGAUCUUCUUCUGUUCCAAGAAUAGCACCCAAGAAAGUAAGUCUGACGUUCCUGUCCGAUGAUUCAGAAGUUUAUACAACUGACGACGAAAAUGAAGCAGGUGCAAAUUUGUUGACCAGAGCAAUGUCAACCAUGGAAUUGAAAGAUAAGAGCAGAAUACAGCAUGCUAAAUACAGUGAGAUAGCGGAAAACUUGAAGAUCAAUACUUAUAUCAAAUCGAAAAAGAGAGGGCUUAAUCCUGCAGCAAAACAAGGGAUUUCUAGUUUCCGUUCAGAAUCUAUUGAAAGUGACACUUACAACUUUUCGAGAUCACUCCCAGAUUUAUCCAAGGUUCACGAAAGGCCUUCGCUCUCCCCAACCGAAUCUGAAUCCAUUAUUAGUAUAAACAAUUCCGAAUCAACUCAAAAGAUAAAAAGAAAUCUAUCUCAAUAUUCGAAAAAUACGAACACAUCUUCGUACAAUAGCCUUCUCAAGACUCUACAAGUUAAUUAUGCUAAGAAGGAAACUGAGUUUAUUAUGGCUUUGCAAAAUAUAUCAUUGAGGUUGUCCCAAGUACCUAAAGAAGCCAGACUUUCUGCUCUUAGAGCCGAACUUUCUAUCAUUAAUGAUACUUUAUUGCCUUCUGAAAUUGAUAUUCCCCAACUUCUUCCUGUUACUAGUAACAAGAACAAAAAGUAUCAUAAGAUUUUAAGGUUAAGUGUUAACGAAGCAUGUGUUCUCAACUCUGCUGAAAGAGUUCCAUUUUUGCUAUUAGUUGAAUAUCUUAGUGAUGAAAGUGACUUUAAUCCUUUCUCUGAGCAAAAUCAAAAGAUAAUUCAAGCAAAACGCAGUCCAACAACAGAACUUCGAAAGAGAGAGAUCACAAAUGAUAUAAUUGAUAUUACUGAAAAGGAACUCAAGCCACCUACUACUCCUACAGUCAAUCAACAAGAUUUGGAAGUAUUAGGUAUACAAGCAGAAGCGGAUUUGGGCGACUUCCCGAUCCUCUCUCAUAAAAGCUCUGCCCAUGAGCUAAGCAAAUUGAAAAUCACAGAUUCUCCUAAUAUUCUGGAUAAUGAAGGAGACCAUUCGGUUCUACCAAUCAUUACAGGCUCAUCUGCAGAAAUGUCUACCAAAUCUUUGGCUGAUCAAAUGAGAAUUGCCUCAGUAAUGUUGCAGCAAUUGGAUAGCUCUGGUCAAUCGUCUUCGGAGCAAUCCUUGUCAAUCAGAAGCAGGAUUGUUGAAUCCAUGAUCUCAUUGCAAGAUCAGUUCGACUCAAUAAACUUCGAGAAAUUGAAUCAACUCAAAGGUGAUUUGCCUGAUGCUGGUGAGAGAAAGUUGGAGAACGAUUUCAAACUAGGUGAGGAUUGGAAUACCAAAAAGCAAAGAAUAAAAAAAUCAAGUAUUUACGGUCAUUUACCAAAUUGGGAACUAUGCUCUGUUAUUGCAAAAAAUGGUGACGACCUUCCUCAAGAAGCUUUUGCGUGCCAACUCAUAACCAUGAUAUCUAACAUAUGGAAAAGAAGAAGGGCUGGAGCUUGGACGAAACGGAUGAAAAUUUUGAUAACAAGUGCAGGAACUGGUCUCGUCGAAACUAUUACCAAUGCCAUGUCCAUCCACUCCAUCAAAAAAUCACUUACGGAAAUCUCUAUUGCAUCCGGUGAAAAUUCAAAAGGCAGAAUAUUCACAUUACAGGAUUACUUUACUGAAAUUUAUGGCUCGCUUGAUUCACCAAGGUACAAACAAGCGCAAGAUAACUUUGCUGUUAGUUUGGCAUCCUACUCCAUUUUAUGUUACAUUCUCCAAAUCAAAGAUAGGCACAAUGGUAAUAUAAUGGUAGAUAAUGAGGGGCAUAUCAUACAUAUUGAUUUCGGUUUUCUUUUAUCAAACUCGCCUGGAAGUGUGGGAUUCGAAGCCGCACCUUUCAAGCUCACUUCAGAAUAUGUGGAUCUUUUAGGAGGGCAAGAUAGCGCACCUUACAAAAAAUUUGUAACGGUGUGUAAAAACUGUUUCAUUUCAUUGAGAGCUGAAAGUGAACAAAUUGUAAGCAUAGUUGAAUUGAUGCAAAAGGAUUCGACCUUGCCAUGUUUCAAGAAUGGUGAAACAACGAGUGUAUUGCUCAAGCAGAGACUUCAAUUACACUUAACAGACGAUGAGGCGGAGGCAUUUGUUGAAAAUUAUUUGAUAGGCAGAAGUAUUGGCAGCAUCUAUACAAGACUAUAUGACCAAUUUCAAAUGAUCACCCAAGGCAUUUAUAGUUGA